AGCGUUUCCUUGUGUUUCCGGGUUUGCCCUCCGGUCCAGUAGGCGGCGGUGUUGAUGAAUCUAGUUCCCCAUCGUCAAACCCAAACAGAGGAAGUAUGGCAGAGGAGGAAGACGAGCCCGGCUUCGAGGAGGAGCUGGAGGACGCCAGCGGCGGCGCGGACGUAUCUCACGGGCGGAGGAAGCGGCUCUUCUCCAAGGAGCUCCGCUGCAUGAUGUACGGCUUCGGGGACGACCAGAACCCCUACACGGAGUCCGUGGACAUCCUGGAGGACCAGGUCAUCGAGUUCAUCACGGAGAUGACCCACAAAGCCAUGUCUUUCGGGCGGCAGGGCCGCGUCCAGGUGGAGGACAUCGUAUUCCUGAUCCGCAAAGACCCCCGGAAGUUCGCCCGAGUGAAAGACCUGCUGACCAUGAACGAGGAGCUGAAGAGAGCCAGGAAAGCUUUCGAUGAAGCCAACUAUGGAUCCUGAGGAGAUCCUGCACGUGUGGAGAAAAGAUGCCCUCACACCCGAAGACCUUUUUUUUUUAAUUUCUCAUGAAAAUGUUUCCUUAAACAUGAGACAGUUCAUGCAAAUUAAAACAUUUGUAAUUCAAAAUUUCCAUUUAGACUCACCCUGUUUAUGUAUUAUUUACAUUUGACUAAUGUGUUAGUUUGACAUGUUUUGCAUUAAAUUUAGUUACACAAAAAAAACAUUUUUUUUUAUCCUUUAUACAUCUUGGUACUGUUUUAGUGCAGCUUUAGCAAACUAAGGAUGUCUUCGGGCUGGUUAUAUUUAGUUAGUUUAAAGCACAUGUCAAAGUCAGGGGCCGGAUCCGCCGUUCCAGAUCAUUUUAUUUUAUUAUUAUUGCCUGAUUUCUCUCUAUUAAAAUAACGAUCAUUAUCCUGUGA